GGCAUGAACAGGCACGGAACCGGCUUUUUCUCCUUCCUGCAGCGUGAUUGGCCCGCGGCUCAGGGAGGCGGCCAAUGACUUCUCUCACGGAGAGCGACGAGGCCAAUAUGGCUUCCUGCACUUGGUGACGCUUGGAGAAACUGAAUUAGGUCUCAUGGAGAAGCCCCUGCGUAAUGAGGAGACCCCAUCUUCAGAACCAAUGGAGGAAGAGGAAGAUGAUGACUUGGAGCUGUUUGGUGGCUAUGAUAGUUUUCGCAGUUAUAACAGCAGUGUGGGCAGUGAGAGCAGCUCCUAUCUGGAGGAGUCAAGUGAAGCAGAAAAUGAGGAUCGGGAAGCAGGGGAACUGCCAACCUCUCCCCUGCAUUUGCUCAGCCCUGGGACUCCUCGAUCCUUGGAUGGCAGUGGUUCUGAGCCAGCUGUCUGUGAGAUGUGUGGUAUCGUGGGUACAAGGGAAGCCUUCUUCUCCAAGACCAAGAGGUUCUGCAGCGUCUCCUGCUCCAGGAGCUACUCCUCCAACUCCAAGAAAGCCAGUAUCUUGGCCAGAUUACAGGGAAAACCACCGACCAAGAAAGCCAAAGUCCUGCACAAAGCCGCUUGGUCUGCCAAAAUUGGAGCCUUCCUCCACUCCCAAGGGACAGGACAGCUGGCAGAUGGGACACCAACAGGACAAGACGCGCUGGUCCUGGGCUUCGACUGGGGGAAGUUCCUGAAGGAUCACAGUUACAAGGCUGCUCCUGUCAGCUGUUUCAAGCACGUCCCCCUCUAUGACCAGUGGGAGGAUGUGAUGAAAGGGAUGAAGGUGGAGGUGCUCAACAGUGACGCCGUGCUCCCCAGCCGGGUGUACUGGAUUGCCUCUGUCAUCCAGACAGCAGGGUAUCGGGUGCUGCUUCGGUAUGAAGGCUUUGAAAGCGACGCCAGCCAUGACUUCUGGUGCAACCUGGGGACUGUAGAUGUCCACCCCAUUGGCUGGUGUGCCAUCAACAGCAAGAUCCUCGUGCCCCCACGGACCAUCCAUGCCAAGUUCACCGACUGGAAGGGCUAUCUCAUGAAACGGCUGGUGGGCUCCAGGACGCUUCCUGUGGAUUUCCACAUCAAGAUGGUGGAGAGCAUGAAGUACCCCUUUAGGCAGGGCAUGCGGCUGGAGGUGGUGGACAAGUCCCAGGUGUCACGAACUCGCAUGGCUGUGGUGGACACGGUCAUCGGCGGUCGCCUACGGCUCCUCUACGAGGAUGGCGACAAUGACGACGACUUCUGGUGCCACAUGUGGAGCCCCCUGAUCCACCCAGUGGGUUGGUCACGACGUGUGGGCCAUGGCAUCAAGAUGUCAGAGAGGCGAAGUGACAUGGCCCAUCAUCCCACCUUUCGCAAAAUCUACUGUGAUGCUGUUCCUUACCUGUUCAAGAAGGUACGCGCUGUCUACACAGAAGGUGGUUGGUUUGAGGAAGGGAUGAAGCUGGAGGCUAUUGACCCCUUAAAUCUGGGCAACAUCUGCGUGGCAACUGUCUGUAAGGUUCUUCUGGAUGGAUACCUGAUGAUCUGUGUGGACGGGGGGCCCUCCACAGAUGGCUCAGACUGGUUCUGCUACCACGCCUCUUCCCACGCCAUCUUCCCAGCCAACUUCUGUCAGAAGAAUGACAUUGAGCUCACACCCCCAAAAGGUUAUGAGGCACAGACUUUCCACUGGGAGAACUACUUGGAGAAGACCAAGUCAAAAGCCGCUCCAUCAAGACUCUUCAACAUGGAUUGCCCAAACCAUGGCUUCAAGGUGGGCAUGAAGCUGGAGGCUGUGGACCUGAUGGAGCCCCGGCUCAUCUGUGUGGCGACGGUGAAACGGGUGGUGCAUCGGCUCCUCAGUAUCCACUUUGAUGGCUGGGACAGCGAGUAUGACCAGUGGGUGGACUGUGAGUCCCCGGACAUCUACCCCGUCGGCUGGUGUGAGCUCACCGGCUACCAGCUCCAGCCUCCUGUGGCUGCAGCAGAACCGGCCACACCUCUGAAGGCCAAAGAGGCCACAAAGAAGAAAAAGAAACAGUUUGGGAAGAAAAGGAAAAGAAUCCCACCGACCAAGACACGGCCCCUCAGACCAGGGUCCAAGAAGCCCCUGCUGGAGGACGACCCUCAGUGCGCCAGGAAGAUCUCAUCGGAGCCCACUCCUGGCGAGAUUAUUGCUGUGCGUGUGAAGGAAGAGCAUCUAGAUUUGGCCUCGCCCAACAAGGCUUCAAGUCCAGAGCUGCCUGUCCCCAUUGAGAACAUCAAGCAGGAAAUGGACAACUGAGCCCCCCUGCCACCAGCUUGGCUCCUAGCUGGAAGCCAGCCCCGGGGUUUCUCCUCCACCACCACUGAGCCUCUGUCUGUGUAAAUUUUGCCUGGUGCUGUGAAGACUGGACAGUGGAGGACCUGCUGGGGUCUCCUGGGACCCGCCUGUUGCCUCUGCGAUCCCCUGUGGAAUGGCCUAGGUGACUGGGGCUGCCUGAGGUCUUCUGUGAACCACCUCCAGCCAGAGUUCCCGAAGCUGGAAUGCCAGCUGCCUGGGUGCCUGCUUUUCCUUAAGAUGACCUUCCCACCACAGCCUUUAGUUCCCAGGUUGGGGCCACCCCUGUCACACUGGAAGACAAGAUAGUGCACUCUGUGUCUGCCCAAACGACUCAUGUAAAUUAAGUUCCAGCGCAGCUCUCUGAGCAGGAUAAGGUCCCCUGACAGUGAGUCGUGUGAUGGGAGUAGCCUCUGCCUCAAUUCACCAAGCAGAAUGCCUCUCAGCCUCAUGUGUUGGUCAUCUGCCCCUCCUAAGCUCCCCAGGGAUGUUGGGGACCCAGCUUGGCUGGGCAGCCGAGAAGCAGUGACCAGGAUGUGGAUUUUGGUGACCCAUGUGGUGGCCUUGAGCUGUUUGCUGUGUUUGCAUGAGCGUGGACUCCCAUUUCCUAAAGGAAAUGCCCCAGGAAGGACAGUGGGAGGAAGAUGACCUGAGGGUGCACUCUGGCUCUGCGGCAUGCUCCUGGAGCCCUGCUAAAAGUCAUUCAUCCAAGAGUCCCUUGUAGUUAAAGGAACCAGUUCCAACUGGAGCCUCUGGGAGAGCUGGGCAUGUAUGCUGUCUUGGCCUUGUGUUCCUACCGGAAUGAAGAUGCCAUGCCUGCAGGUGCCAUGAACACAGGGCCCUCAGGACCAGGGUGACAGAGCUGGAGGACACAUCUGGCUGCCAUUGCAGCCUCACUGGGCUCCCCAGACUUUGUGUCUGAAAAAUUAAAUCCCCUACUUGCCUGAG